GCACAACACGGAAGUGCUCCGGCUGUAGUUCAACCUGUUCAGGGCCGGGGGACGACUUCAUGAGCUAAUGUUUCCCUCCUAGCACAGGAUGCCUGUUGAAAGCCCAGAGGAGAGGACUGUGGAGGUGCUGUCGCUGCCUGCAGAAGUGGAUGAGGAGCUGCUCUUCCUGUACUUUGAGAAUAAGCGGCGCUCUGGGGGGGGCCCACUCGUCUCCGUGGAGAAGAAUGGUGAACGCGCCAUACUGGUGUUUGAAGAGGCAGAAGCUGCAGCCAAAGUGCUGUCUAAAGGGCACCACGUUCUGCAUAAUGUCGAGCUGAGUGUGAGAAAGCCUGCCUCAAAGGACCGAUGCAGGCUGCUGCUGCGGGGGAUCAACCCCAACACCAGCACAGAGAUGAUCGAGCUCUACGUGGAGAACUUGAUGGGCUUGAACAUGCCUGAAUACGCUCUGUAUCCGUCACCGGGGAGAGAUGUCAUCCUCAUUCAACUCAACCAACCCCUCUUGAAAGAUUUCCAAAACCUUAGUGCUAAAAUCUCCAAGAGGAAACUUGACGGGGCCGCGGUAACUCUUGAACAGACGGAGCCAACUGACUCCGUCUUGGUGGAGAACCUGCACCCUGGCACCUCUCCAGACCUGCUGACAGUGUACUUUGAGAGCAGGCGAGGUGGGAAUCAGAAGGUGAAGGACGUCACGAUGCUUUCAGAGAGUACAGCCAAGGUGUCCUUUGUCAAUUAUGAAUCGGUGAACCCUAUCCUCAACCACCCGCACAAACUGGACAACGCUGAUCCCGUCGUGAGUCCGUACUUUGACUUCCUCUUGCCCACAGAAAGAUUAACAUCACGAGACUCUGGAAUUGGAAGCCAAGUUAUAACUGAGAGAAAGUCUGAGGAUAUUCAGAUGCAGACCAGUCCUCCCAUGGUGGUCCACGCAGACAGCCAGUCCUCCUCUAACAUGGCCUCAAAGCCUCCUGCUGCCAAUGAAGCAGUGGAGGAGGCGGCGGCAGCGGCGGCAGAGGAAGUCAUGGAGGAGCAGAUGGAGGAGGAAGAAAUACUAUCAAGUCAUAUUCCGAUCGCUGAUCCAGUAAAACUCGCUUUGUUUCAACUCGGCACCUUUCGACGGGACACUAAAAUUGCUCACCCAAAUGUCACCAUUCAAAUCAAAGACCAUGGCGUGCACAUUGCAGGGACUGACAGACAAAAGGUGGAGCAGAUAAAACACGCUAUCGUGGACUGUUUUGGCAAAAUGGCUGUGAUUCGCUUCGACCUCGAGCCAGAAAAGGCUCAGCUCCUGGCAAGAAAAGAUGUGAAAGAUCAUCUACUGCCCAGUAUUAGUCCAACUGGGUCACCUGCCAUGUACAACGUAUCAGACUAUAAAGUUGCGGUAACCGCCCUGUCCCAGAACUCUGCCAACCAGGCAUGUAGCUUUUUAAAAUCCCAGCUGGUUCAACUCAGCAUACCGGUGGACACGGAGUAUGAGAGCAUGUUGUAUUGCAGGGAGUGGUCCGAGUUCCUGCAGGCUCUGAGUUUCUCCACUGUGAAGGUGUCGGAACAAGGAGGGAAUAUCGAUGUGUUCACUCUGAAAGGGAUGGAGAGCGAGAAGCAGAUGGCGAUCAUGGAGUUUCUUACGACUCCCAUCGAAAGGGAGACGGUCAUCUCUAUGGAGCCAGGCAUGCUGAAAUACAUCCAGAUCCACUGCCAUCAGCUGUUGGCUGACAUGGACCAGGUGUCUAUUUUUCCUCUAGAAGCAGAGGACGUUUGUGGGUUAAAGAUCCAUGGCCACGCUACUGCUUGUCAAAUGGCCGAGGAGGUGUUGCAAGGUGUGGUGUCCUCUAUCUGCACCAGGACCAUCACAGUAAAUGUUCCUGGAGUGACCAGGUUUAUGGAAGACGAGGAGUGCAAGAGCAUCCUGAAGGAGAUGGAGAGAAAGUUUCAGGUCUAUAUCAGCCCAAAGUACGUGCCGUGGGAAUACCUGCCACACCAGGAUAUUUUUCAAACUGCAUGGAACAUGAUGUCCAACAGAAACUUCCAGAAAGUGUCUGUGGAUGAUUCUCCGCAGGAUUUAAAAUCAGAUUCAAUGCAGACUGAUCAUAAUGGCUCUCCAGGCAACGGCCUUUUAGAGGAAGCAAAGAGAAUCGUCUCGGUCGUCGAUGAAAAAGUCGAUCAGGGUGGAACCAAAUCAGACCAACCCGACAACAUGGAUGAGCUGGAUCUGUACACAGCAGAUGAACCGACCGCCCUGACAGAACAGGAGUCUUCUGGGAUGGCUGUGGAUGAUUCCCAGCUCUCAGCUGAAGGGAACACGACAAGUGGCUUAAACCCGCUGAAUGAUGGAGAACUCUACCUUUCUAGCAACCUUGAAGAAGAGGCCCAACUCUCUCUAGCCAUCCAGUACUCUAUGGAGUCAAGUCAAUGGUCAGUGGAGGACGAGGAGAAACAGCUGCAACAAGCCUUGGAGCUAUCCAAGAAGAUGAUCCAACAUGAGGCCUCUUCUAGUACUGAAAAGAGCCCCAAGGUGGUGAAGGGCGUAAAUGUUUCCUUACAGGACGCCAUCAAGGCAGCCAGCACCCUGCAGAUUCUUGUGUACGCAGGUUAUAACUGCGACCUGAUUCGGGUGGACAUAGCCUUCGGGAAAAAGGUCAGCCAGAGACAGGUGGAGGAGAAACUGGAGCACAGGAGUGUGAAGAACAUGUCCGAGUACCACAGGAAGUGUCUGGAGAUGAUCAAGAGGAAGCACGGAGUCAACAUCCAAGUUCAGGGCACCAUCAUCACGGUUUCGGGCUUCAGGGACUAUGUGAUGGGAGGAGUGGGUGAUUUGAAGCUGCUGCUGGAGAAAAUCUCCAAUGCCGUGUCCGACCGGGAAAUCCUGAAGACUGUGCAGUGGGUUUAUCACGACCCGGCCUCUUCAGACACGACCCCUUAUUCGCCCGACGCCACCGUGUUCAUCGAGAACGCUUUGAAGAUGAGGCUGAAUAAGAUCGAUAUCCUGUUGGACAAUCAGCCCCACAUCAUUAACUUUGAGAAGAUGCAGGAAUACAACAUAGCUUCAGGGAAAUCUGUGAAGAUCUCCAGGAAGCUGCCCGAAUUAGGGGAAUUGGAUGCUGAUGUACCAGAAGAGGAAUACUCUCUGCUGUCAAAUAUGCCCGAAGCAACCAAAGUCGACGAGGAAUCCGAUGAAUUUCAGAACGUGGUGAAGAACUUCUACGAGACCAUACAGGAGUACCACAGCAAAAUCAGAAUCAUACAGGUGGAGAAGCUCAUGAAUCGACUGCUGUACAAUCAGUACAAGUUGAAGAAGGCGAGCGUACUGCAGCGCGCCACGUACCCGGAGGUGGAACGGACUCUCUAUCACGGCACCAGUGAGAAGAGUGUGAAAGAGAUCUGCGUCCAUGGAUUCAACAGGAGCUUCUGUGGGAAGAACGCCACCGUCUUCGGUCAGGGGGUGUAUUUCGCUGUGAACUCGGCGCUGUCCGUCCAGGAGCAGUAUUCACCCCCGAAUGCAGACGGAUACAAGUAUAUUUUUGUGUCGAAGGUUCUAACAGGAGACUACACUAAAGGCGACCAUUCGAUGAAGACGGCCCCGCUGAAGGAGACGGACGACAUUCCCCUCAGAUACGACAGCGUGACCGACGACAUCACCAAGCCCACGAUGUUUGUCAUCUUCAACGAUACGCAGGCUUACCCCGAAUAUCUCAUUACAUGCCAGAGAAUCCACCGCUGAGGAAAAGGGAUGAGUUGUCAGAUGAUAAGCAUAAAUCUGGAGAAAAUGUGGUUUGUAAAGGGCUAGUUAUUAUUACAAUUCUAGUGACAGUUCUUCUUCUUCAUGAUCAAAAUGUACUGCUUUUGAAUGUUUGAUCAGUGGCUCAGCAUUCAGUUCUUCAGUUUACGGUCAAGUCGGAUCAAGAGCUUAUUUUAAUUAAGUAACUUUAAACCUGCCCUUUCAGUACAAUAAGGCUCAUUGUGCCCCCUCUUCAAAUAGGUGCGACUCAGAAGCUAUUGCAUUACAUUUCACCUAAAUUGGUACCACACACUCCAAUUAUUAUUCUCCUUACUUAAGCUUGCAAGCAUCAGAGAUAUGCUGUAUUUAUGAUUUUUGAAAAUCAACCAUAAAUGAUUUGCAACGCUUUGUUCUUGAUUUUCUUUAAUAGAAAGAAUGUGUCAGUAACAGAGUUUUGAGAUGUAAUUCUUUAGCCUGCUGACAAUGCUGGAUAUACUGCUGUACUGUUUCUACCAGUAGGAGGUGAAUGCAAACAAUUCUUUCCCCAGUCGUUAUUUUGUGCACAAAAGUAUGACAUGGAACAGAAUAUGAUUAUAUAUUGUUUUCUGUGUUCAGAGGUUUGAGUGUCCCUGAGUGUCCAGGUUCUUCUUAGUUAUAUGAGAAGAGAUUCUGAGAAGAGUCCUCUGCUCCACCUAAAAUAAAAUGUUGAAAAACGAUAACCAUGUUUACAAAAAGAAAAACAAUUAGGCCUACGUUGAAAAUUACUAUGAUUGUCCUCAACAUAAUGCAACUACAUUUUUUUUUUUACAUUUAAGCUAUCUAUACAUGUUAUAAAUGUUAAGUCUUAUAUAACUGUCACAUCUAGCCCACUCUGCACAAAGAAAUGUGUAUUCUUAUUUUAAUAAAACAAAAUAAUCUGUGAGUUAAGUCUUGUGUGCCAUGUGCAAAACAUGUGGGGGGUCUUGAUUCCCUUUUCCUUACUUAGUUCGGUGAAGGGGAGUCAGUUUUGAUUAAUGAAGUGCAUUUAUCACAAAUCUUUGCAUAUUCUUAUGUCUGUGUGACUUCUGCCUGGGAGUAUAUUUACCAAAGAUCUUUUUAUUAUUUUAAUUUUAUUACAAAUACUUUAAAAUCAUUUUUUUUUGGGGGGGGGGCAUGAAGACAUUGCAGUCUUAAGAAAGAUCAUUAUUAUGUUUUUAAGAAAAAUAAAGCUUUUUUUUUUUUUAAAUGAGAUACCAUCAGCAGUGUCAUGGGAACAUUGUUUUUUAGCAUCAGCCAUUUGUGAGCUUAAGCAAAAUUUGAUCAUAGCGCUGAUGGCGAAUUGUUUUCUAUAUGUACAAAUGCAACUGUUUCUUUAAGGGAUUGUAACAGAAGAGACAGUGAAAUUAAUAAUUUAAAGAGUGUAUAUUUUGUCCUUUUGCUAAAUCAUAGCAAAAAAAUGAGAUUAAACUUCUCAUCUUUGCCAAGAGCCAUGAAUGCAAAGGAACCUGGUGUAAAUUGACAAUGUUUAUUGCAAUGUUGCUUUAAAUAAAUACAGUACCAGUCAAAAGUUUGUUCACACCUUCUCAUUCAACUACUUUGAAGAAUGUAAAAUAUAAAACAUAUUCUGGUUUGUUGAGCAUUUGUUUGUUUACCACAUAAUUCCAUAUGUGUUCCUUCAUAGUUUGGAUGUCUUCAAUAUUAAUUUACAAUGUAGAAAAAAAGAAAGAAAGAAAAAUCAUUGAAUGAGAAGGUGUGUCCAAACUUUUGAUUGGUACUGUAUAUAUAUAUACAUACAUAUAUAUAUAUAUAUAUAUAUAUAUAUCAAAGUUUGUCACUUUUAUCAUUAUUAUGAUUUUAUUUCAGUCUGAUCUGGAACACAGUGCAUAUAUAUAUA